UUUACCAUUAAACAGCUCCAACUUCGAAACAAACGCUCCGAUUGUUCAGUAACUAUCGGGAAGAUAGUUGCUUUUCUGCAAGGGCACUGGUGUUCGGUGGUCUGUAAAAUAACUGCACUUAUUUAUGUCCGUAUUCCUUCUUCAUACCUGAGAAAGGUAUGAAGGUUCUUUCUUAAAAAGAAUCAAAAAAGCUAGAAGUUGUGUUAGAUGGUUUCUGCGCGUCAAACUUAUUUUGCGUCCGGAAUGAUGCUGUUCUCCAAAGAUGAUGCUUAAUUUUGAGAGAAAAAAGAAUUGUUCCUCAAGGAAACUUGUUUUGGUGCAAGUGAUUGAAACUGGUCUUGUGCUGGUUACGAUGCUGAAAUCGGCAGUGUAGGGAUUAAGUGAAGGGCUUCACUCUUUUGACUAAAUUAAAGACAGUGUUCACGGACAGUUAAUGAAAUAGUUCAAUGGCCAAAGCCGAGAGACUCGGAUCUGCUGGUUUCUCCGGACGGACCAAACAUGACCAGAUUCCCGAUUCGGAAUCGGACUCGGACCCGGAGGAGGAACACGGGGUCAACGCCGGGGCUGGACAAGCGACUGGAGCCGUGUCGCGAACACAGGUGAUCCACAGCGGUCACUUUAUGGUGUCCGCGCCGCACAGCGAUUCCACCCCACGAAGGGGGAAGCGUGGGUCGCCAGCUGGCUAUGACUUUGACACCGUGAACCGGACUUGGUGCCACACCUACAGCUUCGGCCCGAGAAGUUCUGGAAGUCUCAGCAUCGAUCCGACACUGACCCGGCUAUUUGAGUGCAUGACGCUUGCGUACAGUGGAAAACUUGUGUCCCCGAAGUGGAAGUCUUUCAAAGGCCUCAGGCUGCUGUGGAGGGACAAAAUCCGCCUGAAUAACGGAAUAUGGAGAGCCUGGUACAUCCAGUAUGUGGAGAAGAGAAGGAACCCGGUCUGUGGGUUUGUGACCCCGCUGGAGGGCUCGGAAGCCGAGGCACAUCGCAAACCAGAGGCUAUUGUUUUAGAGGGCAGCUACUGGAAGCGCAGGAUUGAAGUUGUGAUUAAAGAAUAUCACAAAUGGAGGAUAUACCACAAGAAAAGGCUCCAAAAAAAUAAAAAUGGUAGGCUGUCAAUGUUAGACAAGAGGGGAGUCUACAGGAAGGGGGUGAGUAAAUGGCCCUGUCAGAUGUUCCCGGAGCCGGUGCGGAUGCAGGAGGAGAGCCACAUGUUUGAUCUGGACUGCUUCCUAUCGGACAUCUCGGACACCUUGUUCACCAUGACGCAGAAGUCCUGCCCAUGGGCUGGGGAUCGGCACGACGCUUAUACCAGCAAUGCUGACAUGAUCCAGCCUGGCCUGACGCCUUUGCAGCCUAACCUGGAUGACUUUAUGGACAUUCCUGAUAUCUUCAUGAGCUAUCGCAGUCAGCCAGUAGAGCAGACUGGCUUUUCAGAGUCUGAGUAUUUCGGGAGUGUGGCAGGCAGCAUGUUCUCCUCAGGACCAGCCUUGGGGACAGCAGAGCCUCUGUUGCCCGGAAACAACCAGCUAGUGCAGGCGAAUGUUGUACCAGAAGAAAGACUGAUUCUCCCUCCCUCUUCCAACGUUCUCUCGGACACGGGUUACCACAGGCAAUCUUUGUCGCCCAAGGUGCCGUACAACCACAGCGGCAUGACCUCUGACCCUAAAUACAAAGCAGAGGUAGACUACAACCGCCAGUCGGAAUAUCACCCCCCUGAGUUGUCAGCAGCGACAUCACCAUAUGGGAACAAACAUUAUACGAGCACCACAACAGCUGUUCCCCCAAGUAUGGGCUCCCUCAUUCAGGAUACCAUGCCCUAUGGCUCAUUUUCUGCACCAUGCCAGAAGUACCGAUACACCUCUCCUAUCACAUCCUCAGUUAUCACUCACACAGGCUCGAUGUCCACUGUCUUGCCAGAGGAUACCCCAGGACAUGUGUACCCAGCCCCAGAGACGUUCUCUCAAGUGCCUGUGAGUUACCCUCCCCUUUUCGGCACCCAGACAACAGUUCCUUCUCUGGCCAUGCACCAUAACUUCUCUGUACCUCAAAGGAUGGCAGUAGGCUGUGGGGGGACUUCAGCAGGCAAAUCCAAGAUUCCUGUGCCACCUGCUUCCCCUCUGCAGAGCAGCUGCUUGGCAAAGCUGCUUUCAACAGGCACACAAGAGUGUAAACCAACAGUGGGAUUUGAGCUUCCCAGGGGGGAAGUUAAGUGUAAAAUGUCUACAUCCCCCAGCUCUCCACCAAGUGGUGGUGUAUAUUCUUCAUGUGGAACAAACAUGAGAACAUCCCCCUCUCUGAUGGGUGCACCAGCCGUGAUGCAGCAAAGUCUGUCUCAGGCCCUUGAGAUCCCACUGCUACCAGCACUGCACAGCCACAUGCCACAGUUCUCACCUGGAAUUCAGAAUGCCAGCUCCUCUCAAAGUUCCACUGUAUCGGCUCUACUGAUGCAGAACAACAUGCCCACAUCCACACCUCUCCUGGUACCCAAGACUGAAAAGCUGUCACCUAUCCAGAUAUAUAAUGAGAAAACUGCUUUAACAGUGAAUUUCAGGAGGAACUCAGGCCAGAUAUCCCCAACAAACCCUCCUGAGAAAAGCCCCAGUCCGCAGUCUCCACACUCCAACCCUAGUCAAACCAGGCCUGAGCAGAACAAGAUUGAAACGAGAAGAAUCACGCAUAUUUCUGCAGAACAGAAAAGACGUUUCAACAUCAAAUUGGGAUUUGACACAUUGCAUAGUCUAGUGACAACACUAAGCUCCCAACCUAGUAUCAAAGGCCCCCAGAUCAGCAAAGCUACGACCCUGCAGAAGACAGCGGAGUACAUCAGCAAGAUGCAGCAGGAGAGAGCCCAGCUGCACGAGGAGGCCCAGCGGUUGCGUGAGGAGGUGGUGGCGCUCAACUGCGCGAUCAACGAGUGCCAACAGCAGCUUCCUGCCACCGGGGUGCCCAUAACCCGGCAGCGGUUUGACCACAUGAGAGAGAUGUUCCGGGACUACGUCCGGGCGCAGACCCUGCAGAACUGGAAGUUUUGGAUUUUCAGUAUCAUCAUUGAGCCUCUGUUUGAAACCUACAAUGGGAUGGUUUCUACUGCCAGUGUAGAGGAUCUGUGUCGCACAACCUUGUCCUGGCUGGAUCAGUACUGUUCCCUUCCUGCUCUCAGACCUACUGUCCUAAGAUCCCUCCGUCACCUCUGCACAUCCACGUCCAUCCUGACUGACCCCACGCUCGUCCCGGAGCAGGCCACACAGGCCGUGACCCAGACCGGCCCUGGCAACAGUUACCCUUAGCAACAGCAGCCCUGGAUUUCGUACCAGGGCAUCUGACUGCAGCACUGUGCUGUUCUCGCCAAACUGGAGCUUGAUGUUUUGUGUUAUGUGCCUGAUGAAAAAGGCACAAUCAUUUAUUGUCAAAUACUUGUGUGGAUUUGAUGCGGAAGUCUGGACUCUAAAGCUUGCUUACUCUGUGAAACUGCAUUGAUGGUGCACCAACCUGAACUGCGAAACAUCGUUCCGGACCAUGUCGUCACAUCUGUCAGCAUGUGAUCGUUUUCACCUUCUGCUAUUUAACACUGAAGAACUAGCAGCAAGUGCAUUGAAAUCAGUUACUACACUGAACAUCCCACAAACCUUAUGAAGGAGAAAACUCCAAAGCCACAUAACUGCCUACCAAUUCUUUUUCUAACUUUUGGAAAGAUUAGUUAACAUCCAUGUACAAUUGUAAUGAAAUUAAGGACUAAUAUGUUUGCUAUUAAGCAAUGACUGUAAUACUACUGAUUUGCAUCUUCUUUCAUUUGCAUGAGCUUGUUCCUGCAUUUACAGAAAUUACACAUUUCUGCAGAGACAAUCUGUAAUAAAAUGGAAACUGUCCAAA